AUGGCUUCGAGUAAUGCUUUGAGUUGUACUUGUAUUCUGUGUUUUCGCAUCAUUGAAAAGGCGCACGAAAGGUAUUUAGUAUCAGGCAAAACGAAAUUUGAUCUGAAAGAGGCUCUUCGACAGUUGCCGUUUGUUAUUUUGGAAUCUUCGCCCUACAUUUGUCGACAGUGUUGUGAUAAACUUCGCAAAAGAAACAACCUUAUUUCUCAAGAAAAAAUCAUUGUAAACGAACUUAAAGAGACUUACGAAAGAGGAAGACUUAAAAGGCGACAAUUAUUUGCAGAAGAAGGGCCCAGUACCAAACGGCCGUGUAUUUUAAGUGCAAAUUCCCCGACUACAUCACAGACAAAAGCUACAGUUGAACGUGGUAGAGUUGAUUCUCCCCCACCUGUAUUACCAGAAGUACCAACUCCGAUUUCACAUUCAACGCCUGUGAAAAGUAUAGCUAAGGAAGCCAGUGAAACAUCAGUAAACGUGACAGUAACAUGGCCAAGUCAGACUAGGCAAAGAGAACUUCACUCUGAUUUACAGUCAUUGGGAAAAAUGCUUGUCCGAGGGACAUACAAGCAGAUCGCAAAUGCGGCGUGGGGAAACCUACAUAUAAGAAAGCAUCUUGUUUUUAAUAUUCUUAAAAACAUUGACAAAGAAUGUGUUGACUUGUGUUCUAAGAAAAAUCCAAGUUGUCUGCGGUCACCCUCAAAAGAGAAAAUGCUCAAUUUUUCCUUAGAGAAUCAAAGAAAGGAAAUGGAAGAAAGGGCACCAUUGCUUUUUUCUAUAUUGGUGGCUGCAGGUUCAACUAGGACCAAAAGAGAGGAAAAGACAUGGACUCCUGCUGUUUGCAUGGCUUCAUCCAUACUUUUAAGAAAUCGGUCACAAUGCAUGAAUGCUAUACAGUUGAUGUUAGGUAUAUUUUUGUACCAUUCCAACUGGGCGGUAAGUGUAAAUAUAUAUAGCCAUUUACCUUGUGACUUUAUAACCACUUCCCAACAUUUCAAGUAUUUGGCACUUCGGGUUAAUACAAGCAGUGUGGCGUAACAGAACCUCCUGAGCCCCUCCCCCCGGGUGGGGGUGGGGGGGGGGAUAUGUGUUUCCAAAUUUCAACAAUUCCUGCUUUUGGGGGCCACCUGUUGCAAAUUUUCUGACCCUCUAAAACUGAGUCUGAGGCUCGGGACAAAUUGCCCAAUUGAUGUGGUCAUUUUUGCCGGGUGCCCCCCAGGUAUGCCCCCCCUGCCUCUGAACACCCAAACACCCUACAGUUAUGACACUGAAUAGAAGACUCUGUCAUAUCCUCUUGUAGCCUGCUCACAGCCUGAAAUUUAGAAGGGGAAAAUUUCCCCCUUCUGAAUUUCAGGCUGUGAGCAGGCUAUAUAUCUUGCUACCCCACUAAACUGUAAUAUGUGUCGCCUACAUUUUGUUUUACUCAGCAGCAUUAUAUACUUGUUUUCCAAAUAAUUUUAAGGGGUUAUUUUACAAUGUCAUGUAAGGAGAAGUUCUUCUGGAUUAAUUGGCUAAUCAAACUAUCUGUUUGAAGUGCCUAUAUCACUUGUGGGACCUUUAUGGAUUUGAAAAGAGUUCAAAAGAUUUUUUUAUUUAGUGCAAUAAUUUCGAAGAUACAGGCCUCCAUAAUACCUACAGUUCCUGAAUCCCAGGCUCGUAUGCACAAUGGACAGUUUGGAAAAAGGCCAAAUUCAAUAGCUGUGUUUAGACCCCAGGAGGCUGGGACUCAGGAACAGUCCGCUUAUAUCCUCAAAACUAUGGCACUAAAUAAAAAAUCUUUUGAACUUAUUAACUAACUUUUUAUGCUCUUUUCAAACCAAUAAAGGUUCUGUGGGACCUUUAUGGAUUUGAUUUUAUACUUUCACAUUUACUUCAUACAGUAAGUUAAUUAGUGCUUUAUUAUUUUAAUUUUUAGCCUGUAAUGUCACGGUUUUCUAAAUUGAGAUUAGUUACUUCACCCAACCAUCUUUAUAAGAAACUGGAAGAAUAUGGUGUUGACCAUGAUGAAAUUAUAUCGAUG